GGACCUUGAUUGUCGCAGCAAAACGUGGCCGUUGGGCAUCAAACAAACAUCCGUCAAUAUAGGGCUUGUUUCAAUAUCCCUUGGGUGAUUGCGGGAUCUCGUGCAGUACCCAAUAAGUCAAGGCAGCAAAUACUGACUCAACAUCGUCGUACACCACGCUAUCCAUUGGGCACUGCCUGUGGUCAAGAUGUACUAUGUUCUCUACCUUGCAAGUCUCUGCCGACGCCGUCACUGGCCAGAGCCGCUUUAUGAAUCCUACGCCAGCGCUACCGGGUACACUUGCAUCGUCCGCGUCAACAACCGCGAGUACCAGACGGAUGUCGUUUGCACCACAGAAACCCUAGCCCGCGAAAACGCAGCCAUGCGCGCCUACCUCAUUUGUCGCAACUUCUCCGUCAAUGACGGCAAGUAUCCAGCCGGCCACGACCACGGUGGUGUUGUCCAAGGAAUCCCUGUGGCUAUUGGCAAGGGGAGACGUUCCCGUUACGCAGACGAGAGCGACAUAUCGACGAGUGAGGGGAGCAGAAGUGGAGGCAGCAGCCCUGAGAGCUAUGAGGCGGAGCGGAUGGGCCGCGAUCGACUAUUGAUUGGCCCACACUCUAGGAGCUUUGCGUUCAGUCAGCGGGCGUUGUAG